AUGGUAGGAUUUUUCUCUUCAGUGUUUAUGUGGUUCAGCAGUAUAUUCUUUUCCAAAGCUGCAGAGAUAUCUGUAGUAGGCUUGCAGGCAUCAGGGAAGACGUCUUUUGUCAAUGUCAUUGGUUCCGGGCAGUGGAGCGAAGACGUAGUACCCACAGUCGCGUUCAAUUAUCGCAAAGUGAGAAAAGGCAACGUUACACUCAAGAUCUGGGAUGUCGCAGGGCAACCUAAGUUCCGUUCCAUGUGGGAAAGAUACUGUAAUGGCGUAGAUGCUGUUGUGUUUGUGGUAGAUUCAGCUGAUAAGGAGAAAUUUGACACUGCUCAAUUCGAAUUACAUCAGCUACUAGGGCAGCAGACCUUGACCGGUGUCCCUCUUCUUGUUCUAGGGAACAAGAACGAUGUAGAUGGUCAUGCCCCUGUGAAAGACUUAAUAAGCGUGCUGUAA